CACACAGACAGCAAAUUUUAAGGAAUAAAGAAUCUUUGGGUCCAAGUCCAUAGUUGCCACGCAAGUUGAUAGGGUGGUAUAGAAGGCAUAUGGUGUGCUGGCCUUCGUUAGUCGGGAGAUUGAGUUCAAGAGCCUCAAGGAGCAGUCGAGAGCUAUGGACGAUAUUACUGGGAAGGUCAGCGCUAAGAGAUACUGCUCAGAUUGAAGCUGAACUGGACCGGCAUUGUGACCGGUUAUUGGCUGGACUUUCUUACUACAAGCCUCCCAGUGCAUCUUCUGGGGAUAAGCUAAAGGCUGAUAAGGAAGUGGUGGCGCCGUUGAAGGAGCUUGGACUACGGAUCAGCAAAUUCUUGAGUUUGGAUGAGCAGCAGAGUGUUCAAAUAUUACAGUCAUAUCUUCAAGAGGAUUACAGGGGCACAAAGGAUUCAAUAAAGGUAGUUUUGCAGGAUGAGCGACAAAGCCAAGCCCUGCAGCUAAAGAUUGCAGAAUACUACUAUGAAGAAAGACUCUAUACGCUACGUUGUGUCCUAUACCUACUCACGUAUUUUCAGGAUGAACGACAUCCUUAUAGGGCGGAGUAUUCAAAAUGUGUGGACAAGUUGGAGAAGGAGCUGGUUAUGAAUUAUCGGAAGCAGUUUGAGGAAUUGUUCAGAACUGAAGCUCCAACUUGGGAAUCUCAUGGGAAUCUUAUGACAGAACGUCAGGUGUCUCGUUGGUUCAUACAAUGCCUGAGGGAGCAGGCUCUUAUUUUAGAGAUUAUCUUCCUAUAUUAUGCCUACUUUGAAAUGGGACCAGAAGAUCUCCUGGCUUUUGCAAGAAUAUUUAAAGAGCAAGGAUUUGGAGCACGGCAAACAAACAGACACCUUGUAGAUGAAAACAUGGAUGGACUAGUUGAUCGUAUUGGAUAUUUCAGUGCAUUGAUCCUGGUGGAGGGAAUGGACAUUGAUUUCCUACAUAAGUGUGCUCUUGAGGAUAGUGUGGACCGACAUCAGUUUGCUAACGCUCGAGAGGUUUGCCAGGAGAUGGAUAAGCUGCUGUUGACGUUGGGGGACAUACCACACCAUGCUCCAGUGCUACUGUCCUGGGCUCUUCUGCGUCAUACUUUGUGCCUGGAUGAAUCAAGUCAUGUAAUCAGGCGCUUGGGGAGCAUUGCUAUUCAACAGAAUGCCUUCCAGUACAUGACACAGAUGCUGAAGGCACUCGGCAGUGGAGGAAACAAUUGUACAGCAAGUACUGCACGAAUGUGCAUUUAUGGACUUCUCUCAUUUGUCUUAACAUCUUUUGAAGAAGAAACUUUGGGAGAUCAACAGCACUUGAUUAACCUAGCUUGUGAGGUGUUUGCGGCCCCUAAUCUGGCUGAACUUUUUUGGGAUACUGAACCCACAACAGGUCUUGCUGUCUUGUUGGACAACAAUUGUGGAAUGUUCCCACAAGCUAUGGCGCCACUGCUGCAGCUGCUGUCGGCACUUAUAUCGGACAAAAGCACAGCUAAAAAGGUUUACAGCUUUUUGGACAAAAUGUCAUGUUAUACAGAGUUGUACAAGCACAAACCAAAUGAUAUACUUUCACAUGAGGAUGAAACCCAGUGGAGAAGGCAAACACCAAAACUACUUUAUCCUCUCGGAUCUGGACAGGCCAAUAUACGCAUGCCACAGGGUACAUAUGGAACUGUGAUGCCUACAGCUCAGGGUUACCUUGUGCGUUGGCAUUACUCCUACAGUGCUUGGACAAUUUUCACUUGUGAGAUUGAGAUGCUGCUACAUGUGGUUUCAACAGCAGAUGUUCUCCUUCAUUGCCAGAAGGUCAAACCUAUCAUUGAUCUGGUACAUAAAAUAGUCAGCACGGAUUGGUCUAUUACAGAUUGUCUGCUGCCGAUCACUUCACGUUUGUACAUGUUAAUUCAGAGGCUCAGUUCAGUGAUGAACCCUCCAAUGGAAGUGAUUGCUUCCUGUGUAAAUACCCUAACUGUUCUGGCCACACGGAUGCCAGCCAAGGUGUGGGCAGAUCUACAGCAUACAGGCUUCUUACCGUACUCCGUGACACAGAUCACUGGGAUUGUUCAGUCUAUCAGGGCUGAAGGGAUGCAAGCUGGUAGUUAUGGUAAUCUCCUGCUGAGUAUUGAGAGACCUCAGGGCGAAUAUAGUGUCACAACAGCCUUUCUGCGACUGGUUAUAACACUUGUCAAGGGACAACUGGGAAGUACUCAAAGUCGAGGUCUUAUGCCUUGUGUGGUCUUUGUCUUGAAAGAGUUACUGCCAACCUACCAUAAAUGGCGUUAUAAUGUCUAUGGCAUGCGAGAAGAAAUUGGCUGCCUGAUUCUUGAGCUUAUUUAUACCAUCUUGAAUCUGAAUCCUGAAGAGGAGUCGCAAGGCAGUCCUCUCAGUCUUCAGACUAUGUGCACCCAUUGUUUGGCAAACACAGAAGCAGGACAAGCUGUCAUAAAUAUUAUGGCUAUUGGGGUGGACACCAUUGAUACAGUAAUGGCAGCACAGCCCAACAGCAGUGGAUCUGAAGGAUCAGGUCAGUCUCUCACUCAGACGAUCAAACUGGCAUUUUCUAUAACUAACAAUGUCAUCAAACUGAAACCAUCAUCAGAAGUGAUCUCGCCAUUGGAGCAGGCUCUGACUCAACAUGGUACCCAUGGUAAUAAUUUGAUAGCAGUUUUGGCAAAGUAUAUUUACCAUAGGCACGAUCCUGCAUUGCCACGUCUUGCCAUUCAGCUUCUAAAGAGACUUGCAAUGGUAGCUCCAAUGUCAGUUUAUGCCUGUCUUGGAAGUGAUGCUGCUGCAAUACGUGAUGCAUUUCUUAACAGACUGCAGAGCAAGACAGAGGACAUGCGUAUUAAGGUGAUGAUCCUGGAGUUUUUAACUGUCGCAGUGGAAACCCAGCCGGGUUUGAUUGAACUCUUCCUCAAUCUGGAAGUAAAAGAUGGUGCAGUUGGAUCAAAGGAGUUUAUCCUGGGAGAAUGGAGCUGUCUGCAGGUAGUACUGGAAUUUAUUGACUCCAAGCAACAAGGAAAAUAUUGGUGUCCUCCUCUUAUCCAUCGUGCAGCCAUUGCUUUUCUGCAUGCCUUGUGGCAGGACCGCAGGGACAGUGCCAUGACUGUUCUACGAACCAAGAAUCGAUUUUGGGAGAAUUUGACAUCUGUGCUCUUUGGAGAACUGCCAGCCCCCUCUGAUAUUACAGAGAAAAGUGUCCUAGAAACCUGUGCCUUCACCCUGAAGAUUAUCUGCCUGGAAAUAUACUAUGUUGUCAGGGGUUCUUUGGACCAGACUUUAAAGAAUACAUUGAAGAUGUUCUUUGAUAAGAAGCGAUAUGAAUAUUGGUCUGAAUAUGUCAAAUCUCUUGUCAUCUACAUGACGGAGGCAGAUACUGAUGGAGCCUCCACAUUUCUCGAAUUCCAUAAGUUGAUAUCGGCAUGGAGAAUGUUUCUUGUUCUGGCUACCAGCUACGAGGAGGUGAUGUAUCUAUGUGAUUGUCAACUACGGCUGCAAUUACUACAUGAUGUUCUUGAAGCAACCAAAGUGUUGCUGACAGUUCCCUCAUCUGUUCCAUGUCUGCAAAUGGGAUCAAUGCUGGCAACACUACUUUUAAUCCUAUUGAAACAAUGGAGAAGCACAAUUGUUAAUGUAUCUAAAAUCCUGGACCCUUUGGAUCAAAUUCUAGAGAGCCUCUCACAGAGCAACCAGUACUUCAUGGAGAAGACAAAGGCAAAAAUAUAUUCUGCUAUCAUAAUUACACUUCAGAUCAAGCAUCUACGAGUUAGUGACUUCCCCCAGUAUUCUCAAAUGCUGCUAACUGUGUGUGAGACCAUACAUAAUGAGGCAAUUGUUCUAUUGGACCAAACACAUCAUGCACUGACGACUGAUGCUGGCUUAUUUGAUGACAAAGAUAGUAUGGAAACGGAUUGUGCACCACGACUACAGCACAAGGACCAGAAAGAUGGGGUAUGUGUGCUAGCUCUCCACCUUGCUAAGGAACUCUGUGAAAUGGAUGAGUGUGGCGAUCAUUUAAUUUCCAUCACUCGGAAGGUUCCAUUUCUUCCUGCAAUGCUUAGCACCUUGGAACUUAGUCUUCGAGUCAAACAGAAUCUACAUUUUGCAGAGGCAUCCCUGCAUUUGCUUUUGGGCCUGGCCAAAACUCAGCAAGGAGCGGCUGCAAUGGGUGGAGCUGGUGUUCUACCAAGCAUUUGUCUGCCACUUCUAAGUGUUUAUCAGCUCAGUGCCAAUGGCACCACGCAGACUUUGGGAUCUUCCCGAAAAUCUUUGGAUGCUCCCUCAUGGCCAGGUGUUUAUCGGCUCACUAUGUCACUGAUGGAAAGACUUUUAAAAUCGCUACGCUACAACUUCCUUACCGAAGCAUUAGACUUUGUUGGAGUCCAUCAGGAGCGGAUACUUCAGUGCUUGGAUGCAGUUCGAAAGGUGCAGAGCUUGGCUUGCCUCGAUGAAGUUGAUCAUACGGUUGGGUUUAUUCUUCAACUUUCCAACUUCAUCAAAGAGUGGCGGUUUCAUCUGCCACAGCUGCUUAGAGAUGUACAGGUAAACCUGUGUUACCUGUGCCAGACGUGUACCUUUCUGCUUCAUAGCCCCAAAGUGCUUCAGCACUACCUACAGGUGAAGAAUGGAGAUGCUAUUCCACCCGCAAUUCUUCCUAGGCAGUCAAAACCUGCUCAGACGCCAACAAAACAGCAAAAUACAGAAAGAGAUGAAGUGGAACAACGUGCAAUGCUGAAAGUCCAAUCCAGUCUGCUCAGGAUUCUGAGUAAAACAUUGGCAGCUAUUCGACACUUCACCCCUGAUCUAUGCCAGAUAUUGCUUGACCAGUCCUUAGACCUGGCUGAAUAUGAUAUGCUCUUUGUCUUGAGCUUUACUACUCCAGCAUUUGAUUCUGAUGUUGCACCAUCAUUUGGAACUCUGCUUGCAACUGUAAAUGUUGUUCUGAACAUGCAGGGGGAGAUUGACAAGAAGAAGGAGCCUAUGUCAUUAAAUAUGAUACCACUAACUUCAACUGAAGAGACAAAAUCUUUAAAGGCCCUUUUGAGGUUCACAAUGGAAAAUUGUUUCUAUGCAUUGAUUUCACAAGCGGUAAGGUAUUUGAAGGACCCGUCUGUUCACUCGCGGGACAAGCAGAGAAUGAAGCAGGAGCUGAGCUCGGAGCUGAGUACAGUUCUAUCUAGUAUUUCUCGUUAUUCUCGACGUGGGGCACCGUCAUCCCCUGCUGCAGCCUUACUGCUGUCUCCUCCGAACAAAUCAACCUGCUCCAUGUCCAAGUCGUGUCCUGAAAGCCAGGAACCCUUAAUACAGCUGGUCCAGGCCUUCGUUCGACAGAUCCAGAGAUAAUAAGGAGCAAGAUGAUCUUAAAAUUUAAUGCUCUGCAACUCUGGAUGAAUAUAUACAACUUAACCUGCAAUUAUUUUUCAAUGUCAGUGUGCUUUUUACUGACCAAAGCUAUUGUGAAUACAAAUGACAAAAUGGAUUGGUGAGUGAAUCAAAAUAAUUGGUAACUUAAAUUUAUUAUUGAAAACACACUUCUGUGUAAGUUUUUAAAUGUACCACUUGUUUCUCAAAGGUAAAGGAUAGGUGGAAUUAAGUUGCAGAACAUAACAUGGUAACCUAUUCAGGAAAAAAUAGCAGCUGUUCCUAAACAACUGAAGAAUUGUACAUAAGCAUCCAUCAAUACAUGUGAUAGAUCCAUAUCUUGUGUUGAGAAAUCUUGAGACUUCCUCCUAUGUUGUAGAAAUAUAGCAUUAAAGGCAGGAGUAAAUAAUAUUUUUUAUAUAACAUCUUUAAACCCUGUUUUCUUAAAGAUUUAAAACAUUUUUCUUCAAGUUGAAUGACAGUGAGUGGAAGUUACUGUGAUGAAAAGUAUUACCUGAUUGGCAUUGUGUGUUCCAAGAAUCCCUGUUCUGUUUUUUGCUAUCAAGGUUAUUGCAUUCCAGAUUGAUUGGUAGUGCCAUUAAAGUUUACAGCUAUUUAUUACUUUAUAUACCCUGUAUUUCAUCCCUUGGGCUUUUCUUGCAGAACUUGCCAAAGAAUCUUGAAUAUGUAUUUCCAUCUGCUUUGUCUCUCAAGGAGCUACUGUUCAUCAUUAUCUGCCAUUUUUAGACUGAUGAGAAGAGCUAAGUGAACAAAGAAAUAGGAGCAGAAACUAUUUCAGGAGAGCUGUUGAAACAUGUUUGGGCAAAGCAAUUUUAGUCACUUAAACAGUCAGACCUGAGUUUCAGAUAAGUGAAAUACUUCUUUGUCAGAAGAAGUUUUUUUUUAAAGGCUUUGAAGAGACUAAAAAGGUGCUCUCAUUUUCCAUUCAAGGAUUUUGCAAUAAUUAUGAUGGUUAGAAGAAUCAGUGGACCAUUUUUCCUCUGCUGGUUCUAAAAUCAGAAUAAAUUAUAGACCAUAGCUUUAUAUUAGUAGUUACUUCUUUACUGAAGAAGAUUAUACCUACACAUUACCUAAAGAUAAAUGGCCUUAUCCUUGAGCAAUGGUCAAGAGUGUAAAAAGUAAAACAUGACUUUUAUUUGGAAGUUAAUUAUGUUUUAACAAUAUUUCGCUCUUUGUUAACCUGGGCUUCCAGUUUCACCAAUGGCUUGACAUUAUGUUGUGUUCAAUGGAUAGAAUGAUAGGGGGUUUGCUGACAUAGGAGAUGCCAAGAUAUCUAAACCAUUUUUGUAAUAGAUUUCAUGAUAAAUGUCUUGUGUUAUUUCACCAAAAGGAAGUGCCAUAGAAUAUAAAUUCCAAAAUGAUUGCUAAAUACUCUAGAAAAUUCUGCAGUCCCCUUGAUAAAGAGAAAACUUGACUUUCAAUCACUAAACCAUGGAGUCUGAAAAGGAACUUAAAUAUUAGUGAAAACUUUGGAAAUGUAUCUUUAUAACAGAAUCCCACUUCUGUGUCCACGAUAAAGACUCUCAUAUUCAUUGUAGUUAGCAAAAGACAAGUGGAUUGAUACAUGCAUGUCACAAUCUCUAUCCAUGAAAUCACCAUGUUGUCAAGCCAUGGUAGCUGUAGAACGGCCAGUGUUUUUAAAAUAUUUAAAAAGUUGAGGAAUAUACUGAAAAUCUUCUGAUGUGCUCCUGGUUUAAGAUUCUAAUAAAUCAGCAAGGCUGAGUCAAGCCAUUGAUGUACAGAAUGUCUAACUACUGUAAACUCAAAAGUUGUGCUCUUUUGAGGAUGGUUGGUUUGUUAGUUUCCGCUCAGAUUUAAUAGAUUUUUUCAUUUGCUAAUUUUACUGUUGUGCACAGUAUUUGAAUUGCAAUGUUUUAAAAUGCCUUAGGUCGAAUCAAUCACAUUGCAAUUAUCACCUGAAGUGUGAAAUUAUACAUUCAAUUGGCUUACAUUUAGUGUCAGACUAUAUUUUCCCCUGUCAUGUUUUGGUUAAUAGAUUGGUAUGAGUGGGAUACUGAUUAAUACUGGUGCUUGAUACUUAGUGGAAACCCUUUAUCGCUCGGAGCCCAUCCAUUGCAGUUUUUCAGUGAAAAAUACUUGGUUAACGUGGAGAAACAAUCUGGCACUCCAGAAAAAUUGUAAAUGUUUCCUUUCUCUUCUGUCAUUGCUUGGACCAAUAUCUUAGUUAAUCUAGGACUUGACUAAUCAUUCCCAAGCCAGAGUGUGUAUAUUAUAACUAAAAGUUUGACACUCCUUAAUUAUUUGGGUGUUGUAAUGUUUAAAUUUUAAGGAUGUGUGGUUUAAACAGUUGCCAUUAAGGUAAAGAUUAUGUUAUGAGAUUUUCCAAAGCACAGUCAACUGAAAUUGAGGGGAUUGUAAUUAUUAUGCUUUAAUAUCAUGUAUUAUGGUUGGUUUGUGGGGGGGGGGGGGAAGAGAGGCCAAAAUUAAUGUGAUUGAAAUAUGAAUUCCUAACAGUCUAUACAGGCAAAAGGGUACGGAAAUUGUCAUUACAAAGUGCAGUAGCUGAUGCUGCAGUUGCUUAAGCAAUGCAGAUUUGCAAACAAACAGUAUCAAAUUCAAUCAUUCCUGUUUAAUUUAAGUGAUAUUGAUUUUUCUACAAAACUCUGAGGAAUGAUACAUUUUAGAACUAUGAGUCAAAUACUGCUGCUAUAAAUUUAACAGGUCAUAAUUAUCAAAAGGACGAGUUGGUUUGAACCGGAGUGGAUGAGCAGCUCAGAUGUGUUUUUUAUUAAAAAAUUUAAACUAAUUUAUGGACAAUGUGAGCAUUGUAUAGGCCUUUAUGAUGAAUCAUCCAGUUUGUAAAUAUUUUUAAAAAUGUAAGUAGAGCCCUUAUUCAAGAAUUUUUGGGGUCUGAUAUCAAGACAUUAAGGAAUAAUUUAAAACGUGUUUAAAUGAACAUCUUUGUUUUGAACAGAAACGUUAUUUGUACCUGUCUAUGCAAGUUGCUCUUUUUAACUGUAAAUACUCAAAUUCCUAUGGAUUAGAGCUACAGUAUUUAAAUGUGUUUUUUAAAACCCAAUAGAAUAGAAAUUGAUAGUUUAAAUUUUGUUAGUAUUUUCGACAUUGUUGCUUUUAAUUUUUCUGCUUUUUUUUGAGAGUUUCAUGGCUUUCAACUGUAAUGCUUCUUAAAGGUGCAAGUUUCUUGGAUUUAUUUUUCAGGCAGCAACAUUAACUAAAUUGUCACUUGUUACAGAUAUUUUUGCACCACCCUCAUUAAUCAGGAUUUCCUUUAAACUAGUGCAAUCUACAUUAAUUACUGUGUGGAUUUUAGUAACAAUCCUGCAUUAUUUUGUACUCCCUGCAAAUGGAAAUAUUUUCUCCUGUCUACCCUACUAUCAAAUCACAAGCUUGGUUUUGAAUUGAUUUGCCUUUCUUGAUAUCUUUAGCAACACAGACAAAUAUAAAUGAGCUUUCCAUUUAUUUUCCUAAUACAAGGUUUCAUUUGCAUCUACCAUCUGUUUUAAACAAACUGGUCUACAGUUCUCUCGCUGUUUCAGCACAAUAUCCGUCUAUUAUUCAGUGACUUAAAUUUAAAUAAUUAUUCUUUUUCAGCUGAUAUUUCAUCCAUUACCUGUCUUCAUCUUGUGUUAGCAUUGAAGUUAGCCUUAUCAAAGUUUCACUGUUUAUGGUUGUAGAAUACACAUUUUUGUCAAGACUACUGGACUUAUCAAUGCACUUACUUAUGUUGCAGAAUCUACCACUGCUUACUAAAGAAGCUCUUCCAACCCAUAAAUGUAUGCUGGCUCAGGCCUGAAAUUUAUUUUGCAUAGCUCAUUUCUUUUGCAGGCCACACUUUUAGAAAUUUGAUAACACCUUCAUUUCCUAAACUUGUAUAAAACUACUUUAGAACUUGGUUAGGAAGUUGCUGUAACAGUAAAGCCAAUGCAAGUUAAGUGUUUUCUUGCUUUUAAGGAUGGUGUGAAAACAUUGAUUUAAAUGAUAUGGCAUCCCUUUUAAUUUUUAUGGCCCAAAUUCAUUCAAAAGCAUGUAUCUUUGUUGUGUUUGCUGAACAGGGCAAGUUUUCUCCCCUGCACUGUUUAGACUCUUUGGUACCUAGAAGGAGAAAUUGCAUGGGGCCAGUAAGGUUGCAAGCCAAAAUGAGUAAUAAAAGUCCCAAGUGAA